CUUUUAUCAGCAAUACAUUCAAAUAUCACCACUUAAUUAUAUAUUUGAUUCUAGCACCUACGAUAUUCUAUAUGGAGGGUCAGGGUGGUAGGAAAAAAAUGAUUCCGAAACCAAUCCAAAUUAUAUCAAAGAAUUUAGAAGAAGGAAAAGAAGCAAUAUUACUAAGUCCAUCUUCUCGAAUGUUUCAUGAGCCUACCUACAAUGUUUACGUCUUAGCCAUUAUGGGCUGGAAAGUACCAAUUAAGGUUGACUCCAUCAAAGCUGAAUUACAAAGCAAAAUGCUUAAACACCCACGCUUUUCCAGUUUGCAGGUUAUGGAUGAGAGUGAUGACUGCGGAAAAAUGAGAUGGAUUCCAACGACAGUGAACAUAGAUGAUCAUGUCAUAGUUCCUCAAAUCGCCGAUAAUAAUAUGGACAACGACGAAUUGGUCGAAGAUUAUAUAUCAAACCUAAGCACGACAAAUGUUGACAUGUCGAAACCUCUAUGGGAUUUUCACAUCCUUAACGUGAAAACAUCUCAGGCUGAGGCUACUUCUGUUUUCCGUAUUCAUCAUUCUAUUGGGGAUGGAGUUGCCCUCAUGUCCUUCUUACUCUCUUGUUUUCGAUCAACUUCAGAUCCUACUUGUCUUCCCAAACUCCCUCUUUUUUCUUCCGUUAAGGACAAAUCGAAUUUAUCAAUAAGGAAAAAUUACAAUUGGUGGCAGUACCUAGUAAAGUUGUGGUUCCUCAUCAAACUUCUGUUCAAUACAGUUGUUGAUGUUUUGUUGUUUAUAGCGACUGCUCUCUUCUUAAAGGACUCUCAAACACCUUUCACAACUACACAAGGAUUUAAUGCGUCUGUUCGUCAGAGAUAUAUCUAUCGGUCCGUUAGCUUGGACGACAUUAAAUUUAUAAAGAAUGUCACAAACGCUAAAGUUAAUGACGUCGUACUGGGAAUAACACAAGCAGCAUUGUCUCGUUAUAUCCAUCGAAGAUAUGGAAAGAGGAAGUUUUCGCUUGAAGGAAUGAGAUGCAGAGCCAAUGUUAUAGUGAAUUUGAGACCAGCUUUAGGGGUUCAAGCUAUCGAUGAAAUGAUUGAGAAGAAUGUUUCAGUGAUACAAGGAAAUUGCUUUGGUUUUGUCUUAAUUCCCUUAAGUAUAGCCCAAUCAGAGGAUCCUCUUGAUUAUGUUCAGAAAGCAAAGGCAUCAAUGGAUCGAAAGAAGCAUUCCCUUGAGUCUCAAUUCACCUUUUACGCUUCACAACUUUUCCUCAAGUUCUUUGGCUAUAAAGGUGCAGCAAAACUUGCUCAAAGAGUUCCCUUCCAAACAACACUAGCUCUUUCAAAUGUGGUCGGUCCAAGUGAAGAAAUUUCUUGUGCGGGCCAUCCAUUGGCAUUCGUUGCCCCCACAUGCUCUGGCUAUCCCACUGGGAUAAUGGUUCACGUGUGUAGCUAUGCCAACAAGUUGACAUUUACUAUAGCCGUUGAUGAAGGAAUAAUUCCAGAUCUGAACCAGCUUGGCGAUGAUUUCAUCGAUUCAUUCAUGCUUAUCAAAGAAGCUGCUAGUCUCACAAAAUUUGGAACCAAAUUAAGUUGAGUCAUUCCAUAGUUGAAACCUCCUCAACACAACUUGACAAACGUGGUCCCUAUGUCAUGAUUAACGAGUGCCUUUAUUAUAACAUAUAUACAUAGAGAGAAACUUAUUGCUCAAAAUAUUAUAUUUGAUUAUGUAAUAUUGUUGUAACAUUGUCAUGAAACUAGAAUUAUUAUACUUGUG